AUGCCUCCAAAGGCUCCUGUGACACCCGGAGAAAAAGCUGCAGCAAAACGGCUGCAGAAGAAGCCCAAGCCAAGUGGCUCGUACACCACCUCCAUGAUUCCAACUUCAGACUCGGAUGACGAUCAAGCCACAAGUACUAGUCAAACCACGAAGGCUGUUACAAGUAAGACCAAGUUCAAUGAUGUCCCUAUUACCAAGAAAAGGGCCAAGAAAACUGUGCACAAGGCUGCGGAGACUCCGCACUUCACUGCGGCACUAUCAACCUCGAGCAUUCCGGAUUUGCUAACUCGUAAUAGUACCCGCUUGGAAGACACUUGGUCUUUGUUAACACAUCUUGUGUGGAACGGCAACAACACAAUCAAUCUCCUCAGUCAACAACCUCAUAUCCAAGUAAUUCUUCAUGCUGCCAUUCAGCUUGUCGAACGAGAGCUGGUAUUUGAGUGCUACUUUCCACGACCGAAACAUCGCCACACCAUGAUGGUCAACUUAGUACUUGAAGCCGCAUCAUCAGCAGAGCAUAAAGAAGUCUUACAGCGCUUGGAACAAGACCAAGCUUACAUGAAAGCUUUCACCAGAGUGCCAGAUGGGCGUAUUGGGUUGAUUCGCAAGAAACUCAAGGAGAUUUCGGAUCGCGUCGUUCCUGGUGCAUAUGGGGUCAAGACGGGUGAUGACGAGAAGAUCAACCGCCUGCUCAAUCUCCUGACUUUCAUUUACAAGUUUGACACCAAGGGCAAUCCCAUCUUGAGUCAGCCAUUUGACCAUCCCGCUAUCAACACUGUAUGCCAGUUAGCCUUUUUUACGAGUCAGGACCAGGUUGGGAAGAAGUAUAAGGAUCGGUUUGUCUCUGUGCUUGAUGACAACGAUGAACCCGAGAUCCCGAGUGCCAUGGUCUCAGCUGUGGUUACUGCGAUUUUUCCUUCCCUACUUGAUCUGAAGUCCGUUGUUGAUGUAGGUCGCGAGCGUGGUGAUUUCGGGCAAAGUCUCAUCGGCAUGUUUGACAACAAUAUGGAAAUGCUCAACGGAAUCUACACCAAGGGCCCGCAUGUUUACCAUUCUCUCAUGGCUCGAAAAUACAAGGCUGUUAGCAAUGUGGUUGACUUUGCAUCCGCCGAGUUGAAAGCAGCAUUUGCGCGAAUCAAUUUCGAUGGGAUGAGUAUCGACUAGG